CAAACCAUAUACACACUGCCGAUAAUCAGUAGAAUAUACGGUUACGUGUUUGUUGUAUGAAUAGAAGUGAUAGGAGUAGUUUCUCGAAAUUUAUCAAAAACAAAAAUGGGAAAGUACUCGACUGCUUCGUUGCUAUUGUAAUCCAUGGAAAUACAUCACGACGAGUUUACCUUCAUGAGAUAUGAAAAGAAAAUCUUAACGUUAUGUCUUGUUCCGAUUAAUUAUUAAUGCAGUUUAUAAGAAAACAGCUUAUUUUGGAAAUAUGGAGUUAUUUACAAAAAGAAAACCUGGCUCUAGAGUUGUAGACCUAGUGCAACAAAGGGAAUUGCAGGAGUCAGCUGCUAGGAGUAUCAGUCGUAAGUUGAAAGUUACACCAAAUUUCCUGAAACGCCUAGGACUGGAAACAGAACUGGAAGGACAUGAAGGUUGUGUUAAUUGUUUGGAGUGGAAUGAAAGUGGAUCUAUGCUCGCAUCAGCCUCAGAUGACAUGAGAGUCAUUUUAUGGGAUCCAUUUUCUUAUAAAGUAAAAUACAAUAUCCAAACUGGACAUAGUGGAAAUAUUUUUACUGUGAAGUUUUUGCCAAACUCAAACGACUCAAUACUCGUAACUGGUGCUGGAGACUAUAAAAUACGGGUGCAUGAUAUCUCGAUUUCGGAUAUAUUACUCGUCUGCAAUUGUCAUUAUGGACGUGUUAAACGAUUUGGUACAGCGCCAGGUGUGCCCUUCCUAUUCUGGAGUGCCUCAGAAGAUGGUCUCAUUAUGCAGUAUGAUAUACGAGUACCACAUUCUUGUAAAAGCAAUGUUCAAAAGAAUGUGUUGAUCAACUUGUCCAAUCAUACGGGUCGGUUCACUGAGGCCAAAUGCAUUAAUGUCAACCCCAGGAGACCCGAGCUGAUUGCCGUUGGAGCCAGUGAUGCUUACAUUAGGAUGUAUGAUCGUCGGAUGAUCAAACUGUCAAAUAGCCCAGAUUCAACAAUUUCAAAUAGCAACGUUUUAAAUCUUGGCAAAGGAGAUUACGAUAAUAAUGUACCACUAGCUUGUGCUCAAUAUUUUAUUGCAGGCCACUUGAGAUACAAAGAUAACUGUAAAAAAUAUUGUACAACGUAUUUAACGUUUAGUGAUGAUGGAAAUGAAUUACUAGUCAAUAUGGGAGCUGAACAGAUUUAUCUAUUUGAUAUUAAUAAUCAUGGAAAUUCAAGAAAUUUUAUUGUGCCUGUUGAAUUAAUUACAAAUGAUGGUGAUGGAAAUGAGCCAAUCGUAGAGAACAGCAAUACUCCUGUAGUAUUAGAAGAUUUAUCUUCAAUAAAUUUUACUGACUUUAGUCCCGAAGUUGAAGAGUUACAAAAAAGAGCCAAGCAAGCUUUUAAAGAAGAACGAUAUGCGAAUGCUGUAACACUGUACAAUGAUGCAAUUGAUUUGUGUCCAAAUGCGGCAAUACUUUAUGGCAACAGAGCUGGAACUUACAUGAAACGAGCAUGGGAUGGUGAUAUAUAUGCUGCUUUACGAGAUUGUCGCGUCACGUUAGCUCUCGAUCCAGAACACGUGAAAGCUCAUUUCAGGUUGGCAAGAUGUUUAUUCGAUUUAAACAGAGUAAAAGAGGCCAACAUUGUGAUGAAAAACUUCGCAGAAAAGUUCCCAGAAUUCACUAAUAAUUCUGCUUGUAAAUCCUUAAGGAAAGAUAUUAAAGAGGCAAUGAACACUAAUAAAGAGUCCCAGGCAUCAAAACAAUCAAUUGAAGUAAAGAUUUCAGACUACGAGCGAGAGUGGCGGAAAAAUGCUAUUGAUUUCAAAUUACGUUUGUGUGGACAUUGCAAUACAAUAACUGAUAUCAAGGAAGCUAACUUUUUCGGAGACGAUGGUCAAUUCAUUAUCGCUGGAUCAGAUGAUGGCUCAUUCUUUAUUUGGGACAGAUAUACAACAAAUAUAGCACGAGUUUUAAAAGGAGAUCAGAUGAUAGUGAAUUGUUUACAGCCACACCCAUCCAUGUGUCUAUUAGCUACCAGUGGUAUUGAUCCAGUUAUCAGGUUGUGGAGUCCUAUGCCAGAGGACGGAAGUGUAAACGUUUGGGAAGUUGAAAAUUCCAAUGAUGCUGCAAUAGCAAACUACAUUAGAAUGAAUACAGAUCAUUUUGAGGUGAUGUUUUGGAAUAUGGGAUACAGAUUUCCUGGCCAAGGCUCAGGAAAUGGUCAAGAUGACAACGAAGAUCGACAAGAUUCCUCAAAUACUCAGCCAUUAAAUUGCAGACCAAGUUAAGCUUUGUUGAUAAGAUAAUGUUACAUAUAUAAAUAAAGGAGGACAUGUAUAUACAGUAUACAAGUAUUUGUAUGUGUACAUAUAUGUGUCUAACAUUCUGCGCUAUAAUGAGGGAAAGAAAGAGAGAGAGAGAGAGAGAGAGAGAGAGAGGGAGAGAGUGAGCGAGGGAGGGAGAAAGGAAGAGGAAGAGAGAGUACUGAAAAGAAAUUAUUAUAAUGUGAUGUAAUAUAUUACUUUUUCUUCUAUUGAUAAAAAAAAUUUUAUAUACAGUAAUCAAUCUCAAGAUAUUUUUCAUAUUACUUAGAUGGAAGUAAUUCCCAUAACGUUUCUAAAGUACUUCCUUCUCUUGGUUCUUCAGCAGCAAGUCCUAAAUUUGUUGCUAAUAUUGGCUUUCUUUGAUUUACACCACCUUCUGAGAAGUACAUAUUGAAAGCAUUUGAUAUUUCAUCUUCACAUGACUCGAUUUCAGUAAAUUUUUCUGUUAUCGAUUCAGGUUGCGGAACUGACUGUAAUUAUAAUUAUAUGUAUUAUAAUUAUAAUAUGUAUCAUAAUUAUAAUAUAUAUACAUUACAACAUGUACAUACAAAAAUGUAUCAAUAAGUUGUAAAUGCACGUAUGUUUAUGUACAAGGCUAAAUCAAAUUAAUGACUUAUUGUUUUCUUACCUGGUGUUCAAACGUACACUCCCGCCCAAUAAUCUUUGCCCACCUAAGAACAAAACGACUAUAAAUUUUAAACUCCAUAUCUCGGCUGGAAAUACACCUACAGAGCUCUACGUGGGCUCAUUUGAAAGGGUUUUUCGAGCACUUUUCAAUGGUGUAUAUUAAAAUCAUGCUUAGAUAUUUCCCUUGGAGAUAGGGCGACGAAUAUCAAAACAAAAAUUACGAAAUUUUUGCUUUUUCUUUAAUCGCUUGCCAUUUCGAGAAAUAAAAUCGUAGAAAAAUUCUAAACAUAGCAUUUUUUAGCUCUUUUUCUGCACUAUCCAAAACACUCACUCAAAAAUAAUUUUCGUCUAAAUUCAGCGAUUAUAUGAGCAUUUCAUUCAAAAACAGCAUCUAUAUUCAUUGCUCUGUAACUCGGAAAAUUCGAGUUGUAGAAAAAAAUUUUCUUGGAAGAAAACGUUCUAUUUUGUAAGUAGAAUACGUGAACGAAAUUUCAUAAUCAUAUGAAAACAUUUUUUUUUCAGUCGUAAUAUCAAGUAGUCUAAUUUUGUCAAUAUUUCACUUUGGAAUAAUAAAACAGAUCAUUUAUACUCGAAGCUAUUCUAUUAAUUGUAGACAAAUUUUAAUUGUAUGCAAAUCUCGAUCAACGAAAAAUCUAAGUAGAAAAAUUAAUCUAAUCUACCAAAACUGACAUAACUAAUGAUUAGUGAAAAAAAUUUUUUUUUAAUGUUGUUCUAAUCUCCUAAAAAAUUGUUUACCAUAGUAACAUAUUAUUGAAGUAUGGCACCGAGAGAUUUUAGUAAACGUUAUCAAGUUAUUGGAUUUCACAUAAAUGGUAAAAGCAAUCGUUUCCGCGGUCUACCAGAGCGCUUUUUGUCUUCAACACUGCCGCUACUUUUAAAUUUAUUUACAUUGUAGUCUACGGUUCGACGAGGAAUAUUGAGAAUACUAGCAAUCUGACGAUUGCUUUUACCAUUUAUGUGAAAUCCAAUAACUUGAUAACGUUUACUAAAAUCUCUCGGUGCCAUACUUCAAUAAUAUGUUACUAUGGUAAACAAUUUUUUAGGAGAUUAGAAC